GUUAGCUAUCAUCGAAGUUUUGUAUAGAUAAGUAUGCUUGUCUAGGUAGCUUUAAUUGAAUGAAUUAAAAAUGAGUAAAUGACUAGUUCGUAAUGAAACGUCGGAGUUUUGGUGAAUGUCGACAAUUAGUGUGCAUAAUUUAUUUCGGUAACCUUUUAAGCAGACUCACUUUAAUACAGGAUGAUCUAUUCUUAAAUUGUUUCAUAACUUACAUACAAAAGGAUAGCACAGAGUUAAUUAUAGUAAUUAUUGUAAGACACUGCUGACGUUACAUUUGAAUAAUUCAAUUAAUGAACAUUCUAACAAAUGUGUAACAAGAUUUUAGUAUUUCUAAUACAAUUUUCCGCUGAUUUUAAUCAAGCCAACUGUGUUUGGAGCAAUAUUUAAAAGAAACAGCGAAAAAAAUUAAUGAAGAACAACACACGCUGUAUAAUUCCUUUGUUAAGUAUUUGAAAGUUCAGGGAGCCUUUGAUGAAGUGCAUGUGAGGACACAAAAUGAAGCUAUGGGUGCUGCUUUUAUUAUAUUUAUCGUGUCGAGGAAGUGCAGAAGAUUUUCCAUCUUUGAUCACAGCGAAUGCUUCAAUUGCCGUAGUCUUGGAUCGACAAUUCUUAGGGGAACAAUAUCAGUCGAUGCUGGAAGAAUUGAAGGAUUACAUCAAGGAAUUGGCGCGGGUUGAUCUGAAACAUGGCGGCGUGGUCGUCCAUUAUUAUUCUUGGACUUCAAUCAGCUUGAAGCGAGGAUUUAUCGCAGUCUUCAGUGUAGCGUCUUGCGAGGACACGUGGUCUUUAUUCUCGAGGACCGAAGAGGAAGAGCUUCUGCUGUUCGCAUUGACAGAAGUCGAUUGUCCUCGGCUGCCGGUGGACAGAGCGAUGACAGUUACUUACACCGAGCCGGGCCAGGAGUUGGCCCAGCUAAUGCUGGAUAUGAGGACGACGAAAGCGUUCGACUGGAAAUCCGCCAUCAUACUACAUGAUGCUACCUUAAACAGGGAUACGAUAUCUCGCGUGGUGCAGUCCCUGACACGGCAAAUAGACGACGAAAAGGUGUCCUCGGUCUCGGUGUCUGUAUACAAGAUGAAGCACGAAGUCAACGAAUAUUUAAGGAAGAAGGAGAUACGACGAGUAUUAUCCAAAUUGCCGGUUAAAAAAAUUGGUGAAAACUUCAUAGCGGUGGUGACUUUAGAAGUGAUGUUGGCUAUAGCAGACACAGCUCGUGAGCUGAUGCUGUCGCACGGGCAGGCGCAGUGGCUGUACGUGGUGGCGGACACCAGCGCUCAAAGCAGCGACCUUGCAGCCGCUAUUGAUAUCCUCUAUGAAGGAGAAAAUGUUGCCUACAUCUAUAAUGUUACUGAUAAUAGUAUGGAUUGUAAGAACGGUUUGAUGUGCUACUCUCAAGAAAUGAUGAAGGCUUUCAUAUCUGCUCUGGACUCCGCGGUGCAGGAUGAGUUCGAUAUUGCAGCUCAAGUGUCCGACGAGGAGUGGGAAGCGAUCAGACCAACGAAGUUGCAACGAAGAAACGAUCUCUUGAAACACAUACAGCAACAUAUGCAAGUAAACAGCAGAUGUGGGAACUGUACGAGAUGGCGGGCGAUGGCAGCGGAUACUUGGGGUGCAACUUAUCGACAAGCUGAUACCGCGAUCUCCGAAGAUAAUAACACCAAGGGUGUCAUAGAGGAGGUCAAAAUGUUGCAAGUUGGCAGUUGGCGGGCGGCGGAUGGCGUCAAGUUCAACGAUGUUCUGUUCCCUCACGUGGCGCAUGGCUUCCGAGGGAAGGAGCUACCUAUUGUUACAUAUCAUAACCCGCCAUGGACAAUCCUGCAGAUGAACGAAUCAGGAGCUGUCGUCAGUUACGGCGGACUUAUUUUUGAUAUUGUCAAACAGCUUGCAAGAAACAAGAAUUUUACGAUUCGACUUCUACUGGCAAAUAAUUUCAAACAGAAUUAUAAGAACACAUCUUUAGACAUGAUCCACAGUGAAAAUAGCAAACUGUCAAUGUCAGCUAUUGCGAAGGGUCAAGCUGCGCUGGGCGCGGCCGCCUUCAGCGUCUUCACUGACACCAUGACAGGUAUAAACUGGACGCUGGCUGUGAGCACGCAGCCGUACGCGUUUCUGAUCGCGCGGCCGCGGGAACUCAGCCGGGCUAUGCUGUUCCUAUUGCCUUUCACUGCUGACACAUGGUUAUGUUUAGGUUUCGCAGUAGUACUAAUGGGGCCCACUUUGUAUGUUGUUCAUCGUCUCAGCCCGUAUUAUGAAGCCAUGAAGAUAACUCGCCAAGGUGGUUUGUCAACAAUACAUAAUUGUUUAUGGUAUAUUUAUGGCGCGUUGUUGCAACAAGGUGGUAUGUAUCUCCCUCGAGCGGACAGUGGUCGUCUAGUUGUCGGAACUUGGUGGUUAGUUGUGUUAGUUGUGGUCACCACAUAUUCUGGCAAUUUGGUUGCUUUCCUCACAUUUCCUAAACAGGAGGUACCUGUCACUACAGUGACCGAACUACUCCAAAAUAAGGAUGUAUACACAUGGUCUAUUAAUAAGGGAUCUUAUUUAGAAAUGGAAUUAAAGAACUCGGAUGAGCCCAAAUACAUUUCUUUGCUGAAAGGCGCUGAAUUAUUGUCGUCCACUGGCAGUGUGGAAAGUAAACAUCGUUCAGAUAAAUCGAUAUUAAAUCGAGUUCGUAAACAAAGGCAUGUAAUAAUAGACUGGAAGAUGCGACUGAGCUAUGUGAUGCGCGCGGCCACGCUCGACACUGACAGAUGCGAUUUUACCAUUAGUGCGGAAGAGUUUAUGUAUGAAAAAGUGGCCAUGAUUGUUCCUGCUGGUAGUCCUUACCUUCCUGUUUUCAACAAAGAGAUAUAUCGUAUGCAUAAAGCCGGUCUAAUAACUAAAUGGUUGAGUAACUAUUUGCCGAAGCGCGACCGCUGCUGGAAGACCACCAUCACUUCGCAAGAGAUCGACAACCACACAGUCAAUUUAAGAGACAUGCAGGGAUCUUUCUUUGUGCUAUUUCUUGGUAUUAUCAUAGCUUUUGCAGUACUUUUAAUGGAAUGGAUGUACAGAACAAGGAAGAAUAGAAAUGAAAAUAUUAUCAUUAAGCCUUACACUGAAUAAUAUAUAUAAGUUUAUAACAUGCAUCACAUUUAUUGCAUUCAUAAAUUAUAAUGUCUCAACUCCAUAGUUUAUGCAUGACGUGUAAGCCGUAUCUGUCGCAUUUUUUUUUAUAACAUAAGGUGGCAAACGAGCAAGCGGCCACCUGAAAUCGCCAAAAUGGCGAA